AUGAUUUUUAUAGGUACCGACUUCUUCAACUUGACCGCUGAAUUACAAAAUGAAGUCAGCUACACCAAUCCAGAGAAGCGGGCCCGGCAGACUUACGCCGCAACCUGGUUCCUACUCGUUUCUUUAAAACGAAGGGACACCACCUUCAAGACGACGUUGUUCUGUAUGGUCUACCACAUCAUUCAUACGAUUUUUCUAAUUAUCAUGUGGUGGUUGAAGUUGCAGCCAAUUUUAAACAAUAUGGGGAUGGUUGGACCUCUCAUUAAUCUCGCCGGUAGCAGCUCUGCGACGGUUACUUCCUGGAAUUGCACAGUUCCCUAUUCUCCCGACGGCAAAAAAACUGUAAUUGCGGCAUGCUAUCAUAACAUGGCGGCAACGAAUGCAUUGAUGGCGUCCGCGUUGUACUUUUUCACAUGGCUGGGAGUCUUGACUAAUCUACUGCAGAUUUUCAACAUCAUUUUUGAAACACUUCCGUUCCGUCGCCGAGUUUUAGUUGAAGGACUUUUGAAAAACACUGAGUACGAUCCACGCUCUCUCAGACGGCUCCUUGAUAGUCUGUCAAUUGAUAACUGUUUUAUGCUACAGUAUAUGUGUAAAAAGUUAUCACCCACCGUGGUAUCUCUCCUUUUUGCCCAUAUUGUCAAUCUGUAUGAUAGCACCGAACCACCGACGAAGAAGGCCAAAGAAACCGGAUUGAUUAUGGAGCAGAUGAAGCCGUAA